AAAAAACCUUUUACUGAAGUAAUUAAAGCCAACAUUGGAGAUGCACAUGCAAUGGGACAGAGGCCAAUCACCUUCCUCCGUCAGGUAGUGGCACUGUGUACAUACCCCAACUUGUUGGACAGCCCAAGUUUUCCAGAAGAUGCCAAGAAGCGAGCCAGACGGAUCUUGCAGGGUUGUGGAGGAAACAGCUUAGGGUCUUACAGUGCCAGUCAAGGUAUAAAUUGCAUCCGUGAAGAUGUUGCUUCAUAUAUUGAGAGAAGAGAUGGAGGGGUUCCUGCAGAUCCAGAUAACAUCUAUCUUACCACGGGGGCAAGUGACGGUAUUACUACAAUUUUAAAGAUCCUGAUCUCAGGAGGUGGAAAAUCCCGAACAGGAGUGAUGAUCCCUAUACCACAAUAUCCCUUGUAUUCAGCAGCCAUUUCUGAACUAGCUGCUAUCCAGGUGAACUACUAUUUGGAUGAAGAAAAUUGUUGGGCUCUAGAUGUGAACGAACUUCGCCGUUCCUUGAAUGAAGCUAAGGCAUAUUGCAAUCCAAAAGUCCUGUGCAUCAUCAACCCUGGAAAUCCCACAGGACAGGUGCAGAGCAGAAAAUGCAUUGAAGAUGUGAUACACUUUGCUUGGGAAGAGAAACUUUUUCUUCUGGCUGAUGAGGUUUACCAGGACAAUGUAUACUCUGAAGGAUGCCAGUUUCAUUCUUUCAAAAAGAUUCUGUAUGAGAUGGGACCCGAGUACUAUAACAAUGUUGAGCUGGCCUCUUUUCACUCCACCUCUAAGGGAUACAUGGGCGAAUGUGGCUACAGAGGAGGUUACAUGGAGGUCCUUAACUUGCACCCAGAAAUUAAAGGACAGCUUGUUAAGCUGCUUUCUGUUCGCAUUUGUCCUCCAGUCUCGGGACAAGCAGCAAUGGAUAUUGUAGUGAAUCCUCCAGUACCUGGAGAAGAAUCUUAUUCACAGUUUAUAAAGGAGAAGGAGUCUGUUUUGAACAAUCUUGCCCAAAAAGCCAAACUAACAGAAGACAUGUUUAACAAAGUACCAGGAUUUCACUGCAAUCCACUUCAAGGCGCUCUGUAUGCUUUCCCACGGAUCUUUAUUCCUUCCAAAGCCAUUGAGGAAGCAAAGGCUCACAAAAUGGCACCUGAUAUGUUCUAUUGCACGAAACUUCUGGAAGAGACCGGAAUAUGUGUUGUACCAGGAAGUGGAUUUGGCCAAAGAGAAGGAAGCUACCAUUUCAGAAUGACCAUUCUUCCUCCAGUAGAGAAGCUGAAGAUCCUACUGGAGAAAGUGAAAGACUUCCACAUAAAGUUUCUUGAAAAAUACGCAUGAAACUACUGUGGCUUUUUCCCCUCAUCCCCUCCCCUUCAAGACGAAUGCAGAAAAUGAACCAAGAUGUGCUGAGAAUGUGCUGUUCAUCUAAUUUAACUAAAUUCAAAAUUUGGAUUCUGCUACAACUUACUGGACUAUUAAAUAUGAUGUCUGAUAUAGAAGACAUUGUUACGCCAACUUUUUUUUUAAGGGUAAGGG